AUGGCCUUGCAACUUGAGUUGGGCUUUGUGUCCAAGAGGCACAGUGAUGAUCGCAAAGCUCAAUCACCCGGGCAGGUGCUGGUGCCUGAUGCCUCCGGACGAGGAACGAGGCUCACGGCCGCACGGCUGGAACCGCGUUUUUUUUCCAGCGACACGCCCGAGCAUUGGCGUGUCACACAGGAUAACCUUGAUGGCCGAGAAGCACGAGCGAAUCUCAUGAAGAUGUACAUGGCGGGUGGCUUCGAUUCUCGCCAACCUGGCACUUCGCGAGAGAAGGCCUUGCGUUUCGUGGUGUCCUGGCCAUGGGUGCUUCUACAGCUCUUCGCGAUUGCGGUGGACGCCGCGGCGCUCAUCGGCCCGGUGGUCGCCCGCGGCGUCGGAGAGUUCUGGGCGGCUGGAGGGGAGCCGUCGGUCUUCCAUGCCUUGAAGAUGGUUUUCUUGUCACUGGUGUACCUUGCAGAUGUCGCCUUGCGGAUUUUUGGUUUUGGGCCAAAGGUGUUCAUGACCAAAUGGUGGAAUCUCUUCGACGCCUUCAUCGUCCUCCUGACCGUGGCCAACGCCGUGGCCGUGGUCACGGAGUCGGCGGGCGGCACCGGGCCGUUUCGCUUCCUGCGGCUGUUGCGCGUCUUCAGGAUUCUUCGGAUCAUUCGCAUCGCCUUCGUGGUGAGCCGCACGUUUCCGCGUUGCUGGAACCGGAUGCGACGGAUCACGGGGGAAAACAAGCGGCGCUUCGUGUCCUUGGAACAUGACUUUGACUUGGACCUGGUCUACAUCACGCCCCGAGCUCAACAACGCGUGCUCCAUGCUGGAAGACUGGACGAUGCGGCAUGA